CACAGUUUUCAAUUCACAGCAAGUUGGAUCGAUCACACUCAUCAGUCUCCAUCUUCAUCAAUUUGAUUCUUCAAAUUCUUGAAUCUUCCAUCGAUUGAAACCCUAGAUUUCUGCAAUUGAGAGUGAAUAAAAAAAAAAUGGAGGGUUCGUCGACGAUGAUGGCAAGGAAGACAUGGGAACUGGAGAACAACAUUAUAACAGUAGACCAACCUGAUUCAACCUCUGACACUGUCUUCUACUACGACGAUACUGCGCAGAGUAGGUUCCAGCAGGAG